AUGCUCGCCAUCGCCGGCCUCGCCCUCGCCGCCACCGUCGCAGCCGCUCAGCAGUUCCCCUUUCCGCCCGAGCCCGAGGGCCUGACGAUUCUCCGCUCCAAGCAUCACGAAAACGUCACCAUCUCCUUCAAAGAGCCCGGCAUCUGCGAAACCACGCCCGGCGUCCGCUCCUUUGCCGGCCAUGUCCAUCUGCCCCCGGGCCUCGUCGAUGGCGGCCCCCAAGACUAUCCCAUCAACACCUUCUUCUGGUUCUUCGAGGCCCGCAAGGACCCCGCCAAUGCGCCCCUCGCCAUCUGGCUCAACGGCGGGCCCGGCAGCUCCUCUCUCUUCGGCCUGCUCCAGGAAAACGGUCCGUGCUUCGUUCGCGACGACUCCAAGACGACGGACCUGAAUCCCUGGAGCUGGAACAACGAGGUCAACAUGCUCUACAUCGACGAGCCCAACCAGGUCGGCCUCUCCUACGACGUGCCCACAAACGUCACCAUCCGAAUCGACAACGACGACGUGGUCAUCACCCCCACCGACUUCUCCCAAGAAUGGCCCCGGCUCAACCUCACCACCCGCGCCGGCACCCUCGCCAGCCAGGAGCCCUCCCACACGGCGAACACGACGGCCCAGGCCGCCCACGCCCUCUGGCACUUUGCCCAGACCUUCUUCUUCGAGUUCCCCCACUAUAAGCCCCAUGACGACCGCAUCAGUCUGUUUGCAGAGAGCUAUGGCGGCCACUACGGCCCGCGCUUCAUGCGCUUCUUCCAGCAGCAAAACGACAGGAUCGCAAAUGGCUCCCUUGGCGACGCCACCGCCCACUACCUGCAUCUCGACACCCUCGGCAUCAUCAACGGCUUCCUCGAUGCCGUCAUCCAAGAGGAGGCCUACAUAAGCUUCCCUUUUAAUAAUACGUACGGAACCCAGGUGUACAACCAGUCCGUCUACGAGGAGCUCAUGCACAACUUUACGCGACCCGGCGGCUGCAAGGAGCAGCUGCUCAAGUGCCAGGACAGGCUUGUGGGCUCCAGCCUGCAUACUUCAAAGCCCCUUGACGUCUGUGACAUUGACGGCUCGUGCGAUCAGCCGGCCGUCCGGCUCUACAUGCAGCAAAACAGCGGAUGGUUCGACAUCGCCCAUCCCAAGCAGGAUCCAUUCCCUCCGCCACAUCUCAACGGCUUCAUGGCCGAGCGAGACGUGCUCGCCUCGCUCGGAUCGCCCGUCAACUUCACCGCCAACUCACCCGUCGUGGCCAACGGCUUCGGCUUCACGCGCGACGAGGUCCACGGCGGCUUUCUCGACGCCGUCGCCCAUCUCCUCGACGCGGGCGUCAAGGUGCACAUGAUGUACGGGGACCGCGACUACGCAUGCAACUGGGUCGGUGGCGAGCGCGCCUCUCUCGCCGUUCCCUACUCGCGCGCCCCCGACUUUGCCCGGGCCGGCUACUCGCCCCUGCUGACGGCCGAGGGCGCCAUCGGCGGCAUGACGCGCCAGCUCGGCAAUUACAGCUUCACCCGCGUCUUCCAAGCCGGCCACGAGGUGCCCGCCUACCAGCCGGCCGCGGCCUACGCCGUCUUCAUGCGCGCAAUCUUCAACCGCGACGUGUCCACCGGCCUCGUUGCCGUCCGCGACGACCUGGCCACCGUCGGCCCGCUCGACACCUGGCACAUCAAAAACGAGCCGCCCAGCGAUCCUCCCGCCCCGAGAUGCUACAUCCUCGCCCCCGAGACGUGCACGCCCGACGUAUGGGACAGGGUACGCGCGGGCAAGGUACAAGUCAAGGACUACUUUGUCGUCGGGGAUGAGGCGGGGGACGACGAGUUUGUCGGUGAGCUGUAA